AGUGAAAAUGAGGUUCAAGAUUGCACUGAUUGGCAUUCUUUGCCUCGAUCUUGUCUUUAGUGAAAUAACACUGGGUUCAAAUUUAGUGAUACCUGAUUUGGUGAAUAAUGUCUGCAAAAACCACAUCGAGUUAUACAACAGUAUAAACGUUUUAAACUUCAACAAAACCAACGCUUGGGCCAUCAAAAUGCGGGAAUCUGGUGGGAGCACCCCAGCGGGAUUGUUGCUUGGCAACGUUAAUUCGGGUGGCUCGUAUUCGUCUUGCAUCGAAAUCGACGUUAAAGAUCCGAUUUUCAAUGGGCAAACCUUGGAAACCUUUGGAGGGCGCUACUUGCACUCCUUUUUAUGGAGCAGCGUGACGCCACCGGACAACGAUUCAGAAAUUCUCACACCACAAAUAGUCAGGGAACACCUUCAUCCCCGCGAAUUCAACAUCAAUCCGUUGGCUUCAGGACCUCUUGUUCCUCGAUACCUUUUGGGUCUGCCUUUGCGACGACACGGAAUGUGUCUCCCUAGUUCUUGUUCGUUCGAAGAAAGUGGCGCCAUCUUGCAGGCCACCUUAAAAGAAUUGGACACGGAUGAAAACCAAUGGAAUAGCGUGUCUCUGGUUGGAUACUCGCCAAAAGAUGAAAUUCCUUUGGACGCUUGGGACUUUGCUUUCAUUUCCAUCUUGUGCGUAUUUGGUGCCUUAGUUCUGAUAGGAACUAUUCUGACAAUUCUGGUUGAGCAAAAUCUGAUCAAUGCAGAUUCUAACGCGUUUCUCUUUUGGCGUGGAUUAUCUGCGUUGGAAACUGGUCGGAAGAUUUUGAACGCCCGUAAACCAGAUUCCGGGGGUGACCAUUUGACGGCCAUUGGUGGGAUUCGAUUCUUUUCCAUGGUUUGGGUGUUAGUUUGUCAUGUGUAUGGAAUAUACCAAUUGCAAAUUGGCGUGGUGAACCUUCUACAGUUGCCCAAGUACUUUGAAGGCUUCUGGAGUCAGUUCGUCUUGAAUGGAUAUCCAAGUGUGGAUUCGUUCUACUUCUUAAGUGGAACAUUGGUGGCUUAUUUGACCUUCAAAGAGAUUGAGCGAUGUGAAGGAAGAUUCAAUCUGAUUGUAUUCUACAUCCAUCGAUACCUAAGGUUGACUGGCGUUUACUUUAUGGUUUUGCUUUUCCGGGCAUCUCUUCUCAAGUUCCUUAUUUCUGGACCAAAUGUAGCCAAUGACGAGGUCACAAACUGUCGGCAGGUGUUGUGGCGGCAAGUGCUCUACAUUAAUAACUUUUAUCCCAAGGAAGACCAAGCAAAAUAUCCACCGUGUGCUGGCCCGUCUUGGUACUUGGCGACUGACAUGCAAAUGUUCCUGGUCACUCCUUUCCUCAUGUAUCCCAUGUGGCGCUUUAAGAAGUUCUUUUUUAAUUAUUUUUGGCCCAUUGUCUGGAUUCUGGUGUCCACAAUAACCAUCAUGGUCUUGACUGAGGUGAAGAAUUGGGGCCCAUCUCCAACCUUAGACUCUAGCUCAUCUUACUUCAACGAGAAUUACUACAUGCCGUGGUGUCGAAUCCAACCAUACCUUGCUGGAAUAGUUUUGGGUUACAUCCUUCAUCUUCAGAGGGGCCAAAUCAUCAAAUUAGAUUGGGUUGUGGUGCUAAUCGGAUGGAUCGUCGCCUUAGGGGGAUUGUUUGCCGUGGUAUAUGGACUCAAUCUUCCCAGUUAUUUUGGGGAAGAAAUGGCAAGGGAGCCCACGAGGGCCACGGCCAUUUCGUACGGGGGUCUGCAUCGACUGACUUGGGGCAUUGCCUUGAGUUGGGUCGUUUGGGCAUGCACGAAAGGUUACGGAGGUUGGAUCAAUUCAUUUCUCUCUUGGGAGGGAUUUAUUCCUUUGGCUCGAUUGACCUACGUUAUGUACUUAAUUCAUGACAUAUGGGUCACGUUAUACGCCGGCAAAUACCUGCAUACCAUCACGUUCAAUCACUUUGAAGCAGCUUUGGCUUCGUUAUGGGUCUUUGCAGUUACCACCGUUGUAGCAUUCCCAGUGGUGGUUUGCAUUGAGGCUCCUAUUCUCCACUUGGAAAAGUUCCUUUUCUCCAAGUUAUUGGCAAACAAACCGAAGCAGAGCUCAACUUAAAACCAGCCUUUUUUUUAGGAAAACAAAGGAAUAAACAAAUUUGGUUCCA